AUGGGAACUGAAGCAGAUGGACAGCCGGCAGGCGGCAUGGGCCACCUGCCCUGGCAGCAGGUUCCUCGAUUCACGCCGGGGGUGACAAACGUGGAUGAAUACAGUCAGCGCCUUAAGUUCUUGAAGGAGCUCUGGCCUGCGGAACACCUGCAGCACUUGGCGCCAAGAGCGGCGCUGAUGGUUGAUGGGGCAGCCUUUCAUAAGAUCAGCAGGAUUGCGCCUGANNNNAAGCUGCGGUCGGCCGAUGGAGUCAAACUGUUAGUGGAGACACUGGGCGGCUCCUGGGGCAAGACAGCCGUGGAAGAGAAGUACCAUUACUUCGAACAGGCAAUGUUCCAAGUGGUCCAGAAAGCUGACGAAAGCAAUGAUUCCUACAUCUCUCGGCAUGAUGCGGCAUUCGAGGAGCUUCUGUCGAGGAAGGUGACUCUUGAAGAGGUCCGUGCCUACAUCUUGCUUCGGCACUCGCAGCUGAAUCCAGAGGACAAGAAGAAGGUGGUUGUGGAAGCCAAAGGGGAUCUCAAAUACCUCGACACCGUGAAGUCAGUUCGGCUGUUGGGAUCCAAGUUCUUCACAGAGUUCCAGCAGAGGAACAGCAACCACAAAGGGACCGAGCGCACCAAGGUCUAUGAUGUGAAUGUGGCCUUUGAAGACGAGCACAGCGAAGAAGUCUACAUGACGGAGGAGGAUGACCACGACGAGGAGAUCCUUAUGAUGUUCCUCGACCAGUCCGACGAGGACGCGAUUUACAUCACGGAGUUCGAAGACAACAUAGUAGAAGCUGUGCAAGAGUCGGCAUUGGCCCCGGUGUUCACGUCAUAUCUUGAAGCCAGACAACGCCUACGCGACAAAGCAAAG